AAAAUGUUCUACCUGUGAUGAGAGAAUUGCAUCGUCUAGGAUACACCUCAUAUUUCCUGAUAGGAGAUUCCGAAUAUAAAUUAAGGACUUGGUUUUUAACGCCCUUAUAUAAUCCAGAACCGAAUACGCCAGAAAGUCGGUAUAACGAUUGUUUCACGGGCACACGAUGUAUAAUAGAACGGUGUAACGGGUUGCUUAGGAUGCGAUUUCGAUGUACUUUAAAGCACCGCGUAUUACAUUAUACACCAACCGUUGCAUCAUAGAUUAUAAUUACAUGUACAGUGGCACAUAAUAUGUGCAUCGACCACCAUGUACCUUUUAUACAAGGCGAAACAGAUGCAGAAGUCGGAGAUCUAGGAAUUUAUCCUCCACACGAAGAAGAAAUUCUCGCAGUGUUUGAAGAUGCAUUUCGACAUCGUGUGGAUCCUGACCAUGCAAAAGGUCGUGCUUUCCAACGAAGAAUAAAUAAACGCCAUUUUACCUGAUGAUAAAAACGAUCUAAAAUUAGAAAAUUAUAAGCAUAGUAAAGCGAAAAAAUGUCUUCAGUCUUGUUCUUUAUGAAAUACAUUUUAAUACAACAACACGUUGCGUUUUACAUUUAAGCUAAACUCAUAUUCAAAAUAUUUCUAUUUUUUUAAACCGAUAUCAAGAAAGAAACUAUCAAAUACUACUUUAUUUA